GUAUAUUUUUAGAUACGUACGUGUGCUAGUGAAGAAACAUUCUGAGUAGUUCUUUCCGUCAAUCUGGUAUAUGUAAAUACCAUUAUGUUGGGUGUGAAUGAACCUGUGGAUACGGUCGAGACCGGGAAAACCAACAGCGAUGGAGGAGAGCAGAACGCUGCACCGAAAAAUGAGAAGCAUUCUAUUGUUCUCGAUGAUGGAGACAUUGCGGCUCAAAAGGAAACUUCCGUCGAUAAAUUGAUUUCCAGUAAGGAUGAUUCCAAGCCCGUCGAAGCUGAGAAAGAAGGAGAAAUGAAAAAUGGCACUUCGAACGGAAUUUUGAAAUCUGAGGCAGAAGAUGAACAUGAACAUCCUCCCACCGUUGUGGCGGAGACUCCGAUUGUGGAAGAAGUCAAGCUUGUUGAGGACGAGGCGAAGCAGUUGGAUGAACCCCUUCCGAAGGUCUCCCCCGUCACUUCUCAGGAGGCUGCACAGACGACUUCUCCUGAAUCUGGAGGAAAUGGCGAUGAAGUUCCUGCUACUACGGGUACCUCGAACGCUGUAAUUGAGGAGGAGAAAGCCGAAGCUGUCGUCACGGUUGUUGCACCCGAAGCAGAGUUAUCCUCGAGCGCCGAUGCUCAGCCUGAGAAGAAAGAAGUCUCUAUGGAAGAGAAAAAGGAUGAGAAGAAGCAUCCGGAGACGUCCGAUGCUGAAGUGGAGUCCCCCAAAAAGCGUGGACGUAGACCUGGGAAAGCCAAAGAAAAGGGAGUUCGAAGGAAGAACUGCAACUUUGAAGCACUGUGGCGUCGGAUGUGCCUGUGGGGCUUGCUCCUUGUGAUUCGUUCUGAUUUGACGAUGCUUCGGUUUAGAAUUGGAACUGAAGUUUUUCUUUUGUUUGUUUAUGCUUACAUCUAUGACAGAGCUUUCGGUCAUGAUUGCUCCAAGGAUGGGUAUCACUUCGUCUUCACUGAGUGUGACGAUAUGUCUAAGCGAUGGAGAGUUGCUGUUCCCAAUUCCGAAAGCUGCAAGCUUCCCGGUGCUAUUAAGCAGAGCCCGAUACUUCUCCCAGACUGCUCCUUAACGUGCAACCCGGGCUAUUAUUUCGACUCUUCAAAUUUAUCCUGUGAGCCCUGUGAAGCAGGUUAUUAUUCUGUUGGUGAUGCACUGAAUUUCAACAAAUGGUCCUCGGUACCACCUGAGUUCUUGCAACGUUCUGAGGCGUUACAUGCGUCGUUUCAAACCUCCAUUUGCGACAAGUAUGACUGGAAACCUCGUGGUGAUUACCUCCAGUCUGGAGUUGGUCCUUGUGUAUCCGCAUUAAUUUUGGCUGUCAAAUUGACUCAGAAGGGAGAACUGACUUUCACCUAUCAGUAUCCUGAUAGUGAAAACGUUUUAUUUGUGUUCGAGGCUCAAAAUGAACUAUGUGAAUACAUCAAUGUGGAUCCUCAAAACGAUGAACACGAUGAAAUGCCCCAAAAAACUGCCCGGGGUGAAUGGCGAAACAUAACUGUUCCUUUGAGUGCAGGUCCAAAUGUUCUGCGAUGGAAGACGCUGGGGUUAUAUGACGAAUCUCACCCCGUCCUGAUACAAAGAAUCCAUGUAUCAGGUAAACUUCCAGGGCAUUGUACUUUUCGAUACUUUUGGGCGCUUGCUCUCGCUGCCAUUGCUGCCAUCAAGCUAUUCGAGUCUCAUUCUCCAGGUGUGGGCUAUAUUUCUAAUUGCUCGAAAUGCCCAGCUGGUACUUACAGCGCCGAAGGAGCGAGUUAUUGCGAAGCCUGUCCAGAGAAUACAAGAUCCAACGAAGGGUCGAACGCGUGUGAAAGAUGCCUGGAAAAUCAGUUUUCUACUCCUGGUUCCGCAUUUUGCGUUGAUCGUCCAGUUUGCUUGAAGAAGGAUUAUGUAGAAUCGCAUUCACCUUGUGAUGAAUUCAAGCAGACGACGAUACAGUAUGAGUGGAUUCAGCCGAAGAUUUGUCGCGAUGAUCAACCAGGAUCCUUGCGGCUGCCGCAGUCGGGAUUAAAAGUACCUUGCCCACCGUGUAACCCUGGAAUGGAAAUAGCCGCGCGGCCAUUCGGUAAAGGGACAACGCACUGUAUUUACUGCGCCGAGGGAGAAUUUUCCGAUGGACUCGGGCCUUGUCGGUUAUGUCCUCCGUCAACGAUGCCAAAAUAUGGACUGUACAUCAAUCGUUGGACCCGCUGGCCUGAGCAUGUUGCUUCUACUUGCAUGUCUGUUGAAAAAGAUACGCAUGUGGAAGCUCUCUUAAAUGGGAGAGAAGCUGAUGCUCUGUGGUCCGUGCUGAUAUUGGAUGUCCCUGGCUUUCGGGUGCAAAGUGAGGGCCAUCUGUCCUCGGUUGCCACGUUACGAUUUGAGUUCGAACUUGAUUGUCAGCUCCCCUGUGAGCUAACCUUUUUGGAGAAUUUGAAUUUUUCGUUUUCUUGGGCGUUCCAACUACGAUAUGACGACGCCGAUGUUCUGGCGAACCUGAAGAAUCCAGCGAACGAUUAUGACGGCAAAAAGUUGGCCGUUGUGCGUAUUUUUAGUAUAAAUGUGACGGAUACACUUGUUGGAGGAGCAGCGGAAUGUAUUCCUUGUCCAGAGAUCCCAACUGAAGAAAAGACAGCUCAAAGUGAGAGUUCUGCGCUGCUGCGGUUUUCUGCUCCAUUGCAGAAUCCCCGAAGUUCUUGCAUUCCAUGUCCAACUGGGUACUACGUUCAACCCGAAACUCGUCAUCCCAAUGGCAGCAAUGUGGGAUCAAGAUGUCUUCCGUGUCCGUCAGACACAGUUCUUGCUGGAAGCUCCUUUCAACAUAAAAUAGGACCCGAAUCAUGUGUAAAAUGCGGUCCAGGUCUUUUUCCUGCUCCGAAUCGUCAGUACUGCAUGACGAACUGUAGCUACACCUGGGACGGAAAAACGUUCGAUUUUUCUCCACUUUCUAAUAAACCUAGCUUAGCAACAGAAGCUAAGCUCUUCACUGUUGCCGGAAAUUGGUAUUUUCAUUUGUUCAACGUCAGCUUAUGUGGUGAGCCACUGGCAGUUUGUCGGAACAACGUUUCACUGGAUGCGGAUGAUGUUGCGUUGAUGGAAGAAUCUGUGGCGGGAAUGAUCUGUCGAAGCACUAUCGUCCCGGACCGUCGCAAGAUACGCUCUUCGCAUGACAACCCAGCGCCCCGCUCGCUUGCAAUCCAGUCCAUUAGUUUGGGAGAUCGGCUUGUCGGCGUGACCCGAACUCCUUACUUGGGUGACUUGAGAGUUCACGAGGAUUUUUUGCAAAAACCGGAUGUACCCACGAAAGACGUUCAUUUCUUUUACAAAACCGUAGGGGACCAGAAUGAAAAUUGCCCGAAAGGUCGAGCUACUAUUAUAACAAUGCGCUGCGACCCAAGUGAAAUUAAAGGAGGGAAGAAGUCAUUCCCGCCUUCGUGUCCUGCUUCCACUUGUGAUGGAUGUACGUAUCAUAUCCUUUGGAAAACAUCCUACGCGUGUUCACGAUGCACAGAUUCGGAGUAUAUGAGAACCACUGGACGUAUCGUGGAUGUAAUUGAAGAUUCAGAAUCGGCCGACAUCGGUCAAUCGGAGAGUUGCGCUCUUGGCCCAGGCGAAGAUGACGACGAUGAAACGAAUUUCGAUACUCCGCAAGAGAAUUUGGCGACUUCUUUUUCGUUCAAGGCAGUCUCUUCGCGAUCAAUUUUAGCUUCUGCUGUGAAGCUAGCUUCUUCAAUUUUUCCUCGUGGUUCUACAAGUAUGAAAACCAAUGCCUGCGGCGCGAACUCGCUUCUAUUUCGCCCGAUAGUUGGGUGUCCUGCUCAACCGCAGGAACCCGCGAGGACCGAUACACCGAAUGAUGAGACACAGGGCAGCGAGGAGAGAAGAGAGAGCAGAGAGAAAAACAGGCGCGGGUCCUCAUGCGCUGGAAUCCCUGCAGCGUCAGUCCAGCGCUCGCCGAGUGGUGUUCCGCUGGUCUUUUCGUCGGUGAAUUUUGCGUGUCUCAUCUCGCUCAGCGAUAAGGAGUUGCUGCUCAAGUUGCCGAAGCCUCCGUAUAUAGGUCGCUCUAAACCGCCGUCUUCUUCUGAGAAGGGAUUGAUACCCGCACUCAACCGUGUCACACGGAAGUCCGUUUACUUCAUUUUACCUUUCAAAAUGAUCAACGUUUUGAGCGAUUUGGGUCACCCAUUGAAACCCACUCAGAAGCAGUACUUUCGCGGUGCGGAAACCGCUAUUCCUGGUUCUGUGAACUCAUCCUAA